AUGCAAGCUAUUCAUCUAUUAUGCUUGUCCUCCCCCCGUCGGCCCCGUCGGCUCCAUCAACGGGACGGAUUUGUCCCUCUCAACCCCGCUCGUCGGAACGGGUUUGUAGAACACCCCCACCGGACUGGAUCUUGGUAUCAAAAGUCGGGUCGGAACCCCCACAUUGCUGAUCUUGGUGCUGUUGUUGCCGUUGGGCAAGCUUCUGCGGAGGUGGGGAUGAAUGUCCGUGGUGUUUGUAGUACUCUGCAGUCUUCUCGCCAUACCUAUUUGUUAAACCUCCACGCCAUGUUGCUCCUACAAGCUGGGAUACCUGCCGAUCAUGUUUCUGGAUAG